CGCAUCGGUGAAUGCUGCGGUUUUAAGUGCAAGGUCCCGGAUUCCGUAUAUGACAAAGGCGUGCCGCCAAACCGUUGCAUUGAAACUGCGUCACGUCUCCUACCCUUGCCAAAUUAUGUUUUGAGCUUCGCUACGCAACAGAUCAAGACUAAAGUAUUGGACCUGCAUAACCACUUGCACAAUAUGGAAUUUUUAGAGAGAUUUUAUCAUAACUUGAGAAGGCAAUAUAACACUUUACCGGCAACCAUAAAUAAAACAGUGGAUACAGUUAAUAAAUCCAUAAAUCAAGUGAGAGUACCACCAUUUACAAAAGAUAAUGUGUUAUAUUAUUAUUUGCCUAUACAGGGGCUUGUAAGUUACACAACUUUGUCGGUGGGUGUAAUGAACCCCCAUCUGAUGGUAAGAUUGUUUCCUCGUAGAGAUAUCACAGAUGUGUUAUUUCUUUCUGCUGGAGGUGGUGCUGGGUUGUGGUUGUGGGCAAGGCCACACCUAGCAGCUGCAGCACCUGCAAGACGAUUUUCAUGGGCAUUCCUAGGAGGCUGCCUUUGGCCCCUUGGUUCUAUAUUCCUAUGGGCAAUAUUAAGAAGCUCGAUUGGCCAAAGACCUGUUCUUGGUACAAUGCUUGGUGUUGCAACUGGUGCAAUGCUUACAAAUAUUGCUUUAGAUUAUUUCAAUUAUGUAGAACUUAUGUUCUGUGGAGAAGUUCGCCUGCCAGAUGAUGCAUACAGUCCAAACAGUGAUGAUGAAAAGUACGAUAUUGAUAUCUAACAAAUAUACAUAAAAAAGAUCUUUUUAUUGCAAAUGUAUUAUAACCACCACCUUGCUACAAAAAAUUCUCACCUAUUUUAUUAUUCCAAGUGACAUUUGUUCUGUGCUUAUAGUGGAUGUUAUAUGUGUAUAGCAUGUAGUUAAAAUUGUUGUAUUUACUUGGUUUUUACAAAAAAAAAGUGUUAUUGAGGACUCUUUAUGAAUAAUGUGAUUGUGACUUGUGUAAUUUAUUUUAAUUAAAUAAUUUCCCUGUUUU